UUGCAUUUCUUGAUAGCGAUAUAGCCUAGCGAUAUAUAGGAGGAAUGUUUAUUUUUUGACUGAAUUCACUUAUUGAUGCUCAGGUGAUUGUAAUACACCAUGAGUGAAACAAAGAGGAAACGGCAUGGUGUUGGUGGAAGGAUGAGGGGGGAGAAUGCAGAAAACUUUCAUCAUCGAAAUGCUGGAUCUUCUCAUCAUUUGCGAGGUGGCCGAAACAACAACUCGCAGACAAGCGGACAUUACAAUAGAAUGAACAGCUAUGAUCGAGUACGUAAAAUCGUCCAGGAGGAAGGUCGGACUGCACGGAAUCUCGUCAUUUAUAAUGUUCCUGUCGAACAAGAGAACCGAACAGGAGCAGGGCUUCCUGCAGGCCAGCAAGCCAUACCGAUGGGUAGAAUGGGAGGAAGGAAACAUCCGUUAAAGGACCAAAACCCGCACCGAAAUAUCACUCCUCCAAAGAGGAAAGCUUCGGACGAUUAUGCGCUCAUGCAGAAGUCUCAUCAAGAGUUGCUCAAGUCUCCAAAAUCUGACAGUGGAUUACGUAAACCGGACCUGCGGGCGCGGUACUGGAAAUUCUUGUUUGAUAAUCUACAAAGGGCAGUGGAUGCUAUAUAUGAAACAUGUGAACAGGACGAGAGUGUCGUAGAAUGCAAGGAGGUUAUCAUGAUGCUGGAACAAAGUACAAGGGAUUUCAAAUCCCUCAUAGAAAGGCUUCACAUGCUGCGUGCUUUUGAGGAAUCGGCUAAAGAUGGAGACAGGCCAACAUCAAUUGCAUGGGAGGUGAGAAAAAUGUCACCAGGUAAAAGUGCCGGUACCCAAAGUCAUGGCAGGAGUACAAGUUCUCCGAGUCCCGCCCAGAGGGUGCUCACCUUCACGGAGCAGAGAUCUGAUCCAGCACAGAGCAGCUGGGCAGACAAGGUCAAAGGCAAAGUAACAACUCCAAACCCUGCUGAUGAAGUUUUAUCUCCGACCAGCACAUUUACCCUCCCACCGCCACCAGUCACACAGAAUGGGAUCUCAGCCUCUGAACCUGAAACAGACGGCAGUACUACCAUAGAAGAUGACAACGAAGGCUGGGAGACUGUACAAAGGGGAAGUAAGUUUAAAGCACGACAUUCGCCUUCACAGAGGUCUUUGGAAAAUCUUACUGGGGUUGGUCAGAAUCUCGGACGAAAAAAUUUAAAACGAACUAUGUCUGAUCCACAUGCUGGUAAAACUAGUGGUCAACCAAAAAUGGAAAAAAGUCCACUGGCGAAAAAGUCUGUGGUUGGUGGAAAUCAGAACAAUGGACCUCGACAAAGAACUGAUAGCAAAGACAGUGAAAAAGAAAAUCGUCCAAGUGAGAGUCGGCGACAAAUUGCCUCAUCUCAUAGUGACUUAUCUGUGUCGAGGCCUGGGCGGACUAGCAGGGUGAGCCCCACCCUCAAUAAAACUUCCCCGACUGUGUCUCGGUCUUCUCCAAACAUAUCUGGUGUGAGUAGAAGCUCAGAGCCAACAGUACCGACAAAGAUGUCUUACAGUGGUUCAGUUACAAAAGGUAAAUCUCCAACAUCUUCCAAAGGACAAUCUGCUGCUACAAAGAGGGACAUGAAGAAAUCGCAGUCCCUAGAUCUAAAGAAGGAGGAUAGUAGUGUUAUUCUAAGUAAGGUUAUGGAAGGGGAAGGAGAGACAGAUUCCUUGUCAGUUACUAAUUGUGUAGAUACUUCAGUUGAUGGAAACCUUAAAGGUAGAGAUUCUUCUCUCAGUGUUGAUGUGCAAGGGUCAGAUUUAUCAGACAGCUCGCUCAAGGGAGAGCUACCAUUGGACCAGGAAACAAAGGGGGGCGAUGAUGAAGAAAGGCAUGAAUUGGAACGUCGUGAGAAAAACAGGAGACAAGAUGAAGAGGAUGAUGCUUAUGCCGCCCAGUUAGACAGUGCGUUGGCAUCAGCUUUUGAGGAGGAGGAUACACUGACACGAGAGCUGGAGGAGGAGCAAGAACAGGCGCUGGAGUCGGCCAUACAGGAGGAGGAGACGUGGCUCAAGGCCCUCGCCCAGGAACAGAACUCUGUCAUCGAGGUCGAGACUGAGACUGAGACGGAAAGUGAACUAGGGAACACAAUGAGUUCGUUAGAGGCUUCAGGACAGGCACUGGACUGGGAUACCCUCUGUGCCCAAUAUGAUGAUGCUGAGGGAAAGCCAAAGUUGUCAUGGGGAGAGAUAGUGGAUGAGGCGGAAACCAGGACUCCCGGUCACGGGGUUCACAUGCAUGAGAAAUUGUCUUCUCCUUCCCGCCGCAGGUCGCCCACAGAGUCAAGGAAGCGACAUGAGGAGAAGCAAGCCAAGGCUCGGGAACUAAGGGAGAAAUUCAUGCAUGAGAAGUCAGAAAGACUUGGAGAACUCUCCAAAAAGGUGGAGGAAGUACGAGCAUGGAAGGAAGAGUUGAUGAGACAGAGGAAAGGGACAAUACAGAGUAAGAUGACGCGAGCCGAGGAGAAGCGCCACCUACAACUACGAAUGAAAGCACAGAAGGCCCAUGAAGAGGAAGCAAAGGCCAAUGAGAUUGCUUUUAUUAAUGCCCUUGAUGCCCAGAACAAGCGACACGACAUCAUGUCGAAACAUCAAGAGUCUGAGGCCAGACUCCAAAACAUUGAGGAGGAGCGCCAGAGAAAACAUGUAGAGAAGCUGGCAAAGGAGUCUGCGGUGGAGGAGAGGAGGCGGGCUUUGUAUGCUGAGAGACAGGCCAAACUCAAAGACAUGGAGGAACGUCGCAAACAGCGUGAUGCACGUGUGGAGCAACAACAGCAGGAAAAGGAGAAAGAACGAUUGGAGGCCCUCCGCAUUAAGGAACGGGAGAGAGAAGAGCGACUGGCAGCUCUGAAUGCCCAGCAACAAGCUCACAUACAGGAACUCCAGAAAAAGAUACAACAAAAGCAAGAUGAAUCGACCCAGCGCCACCAGGAAGCUCUGCAGCAGAUCCGUGAGAAAGCAUUUGAGAUGACAGUCCUACGCCUGUCAUCAGAGGACCACAAUGAGCCACCCAACAUUGCUCCAUAUGACACCAAGAAACUCUGUACCAUCUGUAACGUCCUGAUCCCGUCUGAGGUUCACCUACUGAGUCAUUUACGUGGGAAGAAACACCAACAAGCAUUACAGGACAAUAACUCUGGCAAGACCAUGACCAAACAGGAAAUUGAGACCUUUAACCUGAAGCAUAUAGUUGAUGCACCCAGCAACAGUACACAUCCCAAAAUAGUGUCAGAGAAGGAACGGCUCAAGUCGCUCAAGAAACGCUGUAAAAAAUUACGUCAGAGAAUGAUAACAAGGGGAUUGGAGUAUGAGAACAGCUUGAUGGGAAAACUCACCAAUGCUGAGUCCACGCAUAAAGCAAAGCUGCAGAAGGUUGUACGAGACAUCAGUAAAUACCUUCAGGCGCCCGACACUGGCCCCUGGCCCCAGAACAAAGUAUCCGCCCUCGACCGUGCCUUGGGUGAGAUCAGUCGCAUCAUGGAUAAAAAGGUCGCAGCAGAUCAGACAAGUCUGAGGAUCCUUGGUGGAUUGACAACUCUCGGACGAAUCCUGCAGACCGUGGAUGUCACCGACUUCAACCUUCCUUCUGUACUACCUCCUAAGUCUCUUGUCCUGACCUGCUCCGUGUUCCGACAGGCCUGUAAAGGUUGCUAUGACAACUGUCACUACAUGUUAUUUAGUAACAAGCUGGGCACAAUCAUAGACCUCCUUGUACACAGACUCACGAUCCUGUUACCUGACGAGCAGAAACGUCCAGCUUCUGGUUUUUCUGGUACAACUUUGUCCUCUGGCUCGUCUAGCACCAGUAAACUCCCAUUUGACUUAAUUGCUGUCAGUCUCAUGCAACUGUUGUCAUCAAUUCUCAACUGCCUGGCCAAGUAUGGUCCAACAGCCAAAUGUAGCGAGGCUUCGGCUGAGAGGAUGAGCAGCUCGGGAGAUCCCUUUACUAUCCGAGGCAAUGACGUAAUCAGCUACAUCAUCAGUGUGGGUAUUGUGGAUAAGCUGACACAGUAUUUCCGGGGUGUCCAGGGUCCAAUAGACGAUGACAAGGAAGGGGCGGAGUUUCUACAACAUAGCCUGGGUCUGCUUGUUUCCAUGACGAAAAUCAUGUCAAAAAGAAACAACUCCAUAUUUGACCAGAAGAAAGUAGAGGAUCCUACGCAGCUUAUCAACACUUACGAAAUGACAGAGUUGGUCGGGAUCGUGUCCCUUCUCUACGGCAUGCUGUUACACUCGGGAGCUCCGAGUCGUAGUGAUUCUUCCCCACCAGAGUUCCCUCAACACACCAUGGCUGUAGCUCUCACAGGGCUUAGAAUGCUCAACAAUAUGGCUACUCUAGACCUUCGUAUGUUGCAGAAAACUCUCGGAGAUGAGGGCAUGUCCUUAGAGUUCCGUCACAUCGCCAGCUACCUCAUGUGGUACUGUAGUCACCACACAUCAGAAGAUAUACUCCACGAGGUCAUACAGUGUGUCGGUUACUUCACUGUUCUCUGUCCAGACAACCAGGUUGUGAUCCAGUCCGGCCAGCCUCCGACCAUCCUACAACAGAUGUGUUCACUACCAUUCCAGUAUUUCUCUGACCCACGCCUCACCAAUGUCCUGUUCCCGACCCUCAUCUCAUCCUGUUACAAUAACCAAUCAAAUCGUCAGAUCCUAGAACAGGAACUCAGCUGCAUGCUUCUGUCCAACUUCAUUGAGGAAAAACAGCUUGAAGUCCAGCAGGCGAAACUGCAUCCGUCUAAGAAAGAAAAAGAGAAGACAAAAGAUUUAGAGCAACCUAAAAUGCAGACAGCAUCCAGAUUUCCUAUGGAGCAAUGGACGGCAGCACAGGAAUACUUCAAAAUUUCCUAACCAAGAAUUCACAAUAAUUACUGAAUUCUGGGUUUUGUUCCAAACUCAUUUGUUCCAAAGUCAUCACGAUCCAUUGUUAUCAUUAUAAUAUAAACCCCUGGUCCAACUUUGUUGGCAGAAACAAGACGGUGGUAGGGGGUAUAUCUGAUGUUUCUUCACCCCAACACAAGGAAUUCAUUUCUGUUUUGACAUAAUGUUCAUCCUACCUAAUUAUAUACAUGAAGCACGUGCAAGUUGUUGGGAUGUACAUUUCGUAAUGAAGCCCACAGUCUUGUAAUCAUUGUGGUGGAGUUUCAUUAUAUAUACGUAUGCCUUUCAACACCUUAGAUGAUUACUAAUAUCUUGUUAAUGAAAAAAAACAGUAAAAUUUCUCAUUGUUAAUAUUUUCCUUGUUUUAUUAGAAAUAUCAUUAGGGAGAAAAUGAGUGUAUGUGUUAAGAUCACCAGUGGAGAUGUGAUGGAAUUUUUCGUUAACGAUCCUGAAAUCUUUCUUUAAUUAAUAAUUAUGCAGAUGAAAGGAAAAAAAUAAAAUAAGUUUCAUUCA